AUGUACAUCACUCUCUACUUUCUCGUCACUCGUCUCCCUGAGUCCCUUCGUGUAGUUAGGGACCAGUUUCUCUCUGUCUGUCCCACCACCCUCACCGUCGACCUCCUUGAGGAGUCCCUGCUAGCGGCUGAGAAGAGCAUCGUCGCUGUAGGGGCCUCUCGGGGUGACCCUCGCACCCCCAUUUUUGAGGGGUGUUCUCCUUCCCCCCUGCUGCCCUCUGUCGCCUCUGCCGCUGCGGCCGACCUCGCUGGUUUUGAGUCGGUCGGUGCGGCGUCUGCCCCCAGCGGUAGACGCCGCACUGACAAGGGCAAAGGGGGCAAGGGAGCGGGUGGAGCUAGAGGGGGCGGUGGCGGGGGAGGUGGGGGUGGCGGGGGGAGUGGGGGUGGCGGUGGAGGUGGUGGCGGGAGUGGAGGUACUGGUGGAGGCGGUGGAGGCGGAGGUGGCGGCGGAGGAGGUAGCGGAGGAGGCGGGGGUGAGGGUGCCGGUGGGGGCGGUGGCGGUGGAGACGGGGGUGGCGGUGGAGGCGGGGGUGGCGGUGGCGGCGGGGGUCGGAGUGGCUCGUCUCAGCGGAGCAGCUCUGGGGGUGGUCAGCGCCAGCAGCAGCAGCCGCAGCAGCAGCCACAGCAGCAGCAGCGCUCUCGCACCGUCCCCGCCCCUCAGCAGCUCCGUGAGUGGUAG